GCCCCUAAGUGUGGUUGUUUUGUCAAAGAUUGUUUCUAAGAUGGGGAAGAAGACAUUCAUAGCUUAUGUCUUGUUUAUAAGCAUGAUGUUAGUGGAAAGUGAAGUGCAUGCAAUAACAUGUAAUGAGGCCAUAACUUUUUUGUUGCCGUGUGAGCCAUUCAUGCUGGGUUUGGGUCCAAGAAUACCAUCACUUAGUUGCUGCACAAGCAUAGCAAUAAUAUUCAAACAGACAAAAACACCUGAACUUCGUAGAUCCACAUGUAGUUGUCUCAAGAACGCCGCAUUUCAAGCAGGCAUCAAGCAUGAGAGAGCCACACUACUUUCUCGCUUAUGUAGGACUCGCUUUUCCUUUCCCAUUGAUCCACUCGUCGAUUGUUCUUCGGUUUCUUGAUCCUUCCAGUUCUGCAUUCUGGAUAAAUAAAUAUUUAUAUAGUUUUGUAGUAGGAACAGAAAUUUAAUUUCUAGUGAUAUUUACUCCAUGAACUUUUAUAAGUGUCUGGGUUGGGGAAAAAAAUAUUCACGAUGUUAUGAAAAUUUGAAGUAUCACAAAAAUAUUA